AAUUUAAAUAAGCUCCAAUGGACGAAGAAGUAUUAGCAGUGAUCAUUGAUAACGGUACUGGCAUGUCCAAGGCAGGAUUUGCAGGAGAUGAUGCCCCCAGAUCUGUCUUCCCAACCCUGGUAGGAAAAUCCAAAAUGCCCUCUCUGAUGGUCUCUCUCGAGCAAAAAGAUGUCUAUGUAGGAGAGGACGCUCAGAUCAAAAGAGGAGUUUUAAAUACUUCCUCUCCAAUAGAAGCUGGUUUCGUCAAAAAUUGGGAAGAUAUGGAAAAGGUCUGGAAGCAUACUAUCUAUGAUGAGCUUAGAGUCACUCCAGAAGAGCACCCAAUCCUUCUAUCUGAGGCACCCCAAAAUCCAGAUGAAAAUAGAGAGAAAAUGACAGAGAUGAUGUUUGAAGUUUUUAAUGUCCCUUGACUCUAUGUCCAGCAACAAUCAGUACUUGCUCUUUAUGCCUCAGGAAAGACAACAGGGUUGGUCCUUGACUCAGGAGAAGGAAUUACAAACUCUGUUGCAAUCUAUGAGGGAUUUGCUAUUCCUCAUGCCAUCCACAGAAUUCCUCUAGCUGGGAAAGACAUCACUGAAUAUCUCAGAGGACUUCUUAAGGAAAGAGGGUACAGCUUCACCACUCCAGCCGAGAUCGAAAUUGUCAGAGACAUUAAAGAAAGACUUUGCUUCGCAGUCGAGGAAAAUUUUGACAAACAUCUUGCUGAAUCCAUUGAUAAUGUUCAAAUGGAAAAAUCAUAUGAGUUGCCUGACCAAAGGAAUAUUGUUGUAGGAAACGAGAGGUUUAGAUGUCCAGAAAUCCUCUUCCAGCCAGACCAUGCCGGUUUCAAAGAUGUUGAAGGAAUCCAUCUAUAUUCCUACUAUUCCAUCAUGAAGUGUGAUGCUGAUAUUCGGAAAGGACUGUUUGGAAAUAUUGUCUUAGCAGGUGGUUCAACUCUAUUUGAUGGAGUGGAUGAGAGACUCAAGAACGAAAUCCAACAACUAGCAUCCUCAAAUAAUAAAGUCGAGGUGGUUUAUCCACCCGAAAGGAAAUACAGUGUAUGGCUUGGAGGAUCAAUUCUGGGAGCCCUGUCUACAUUCCAAUCAAUGUGGAUCACAGAAGCUGAAUACCAAGAAGAAGGAGCAGCAAUUAUUCAUAAAAAGUGAUUCUAAUU